UAGUUAUAAACUUAAAUUAGAAUUGCUGUUAUUGAAGAUUAAACUGAUUUAAUUUCAUUAUUUUAGUUUCAUUCUGAUGGUGUUGAUGUCAUGAGCAGCUGAAUAAAGUCAGCAAACCACAAGGACGUCUGCCAUGGUCUGUCGGAGCUUAGCUAAUUGUUUAGCCAGGACUUAGCUCAAACAUCUUGGCGAGGACAGUGCAAUGAUGUAUGAUACAUGUUUUUAGAUUAAAGGAGGUAUUUAGGGGCACUUAAAGGGUUAAUUCCGACUUGCGCGGAAAUUCCAGUUACGUCGCCAGCAUAGGAAUGGAACUACUUCGUAACCCGAGGACUACCUGUAUAUAUAAAUUUCAAAAUAAAAACAUUUCAAAGUUGGAAAUAAAAGAAUACUUUGUUUUCUUUUCCUUUGUCAUUUCAUAAAAUCACAACAAUAAAAUAAAUAAGAUGAUAUUUAUCAUUAACUGGCUCCAAAAAUGUGAGUUUGGACACUUCUGAAGUAAACAAUGUCUAAAUGUUUAACUGACUAUCAAUAUAGUUGCUCCUAAAUUUUGAUAAAUUGUCAAUUGGUUGAUUGCUUCAUUUCCCUAUAUUGACAUUAAGUUGUACUCUAUUUUUCUUCCAUAAGUUGACUUCAUAUGCAGUACACACCAAAAUAAAGUGUAAAAACUACCGCUCUAGUGAAAAGCCAAUAAAACAAAGAUGACAGGUAGCUUGAAAAAGCAUGAAAUAUCUUCUUGGAGCUAUACUUUGACUAGGUUCAGGUGGGAGGUCACACAAAAACAAUCACUUCCUCUCAUUCCAAAGCUAUUUUAACCUCUUUCCAAACAAGCUGCCAGAGAAAUCAGGCGUCCCGGGACGGCGGAAUGGAGGCAGGUAGCGUUGAUGCCGAGGUGCCGCCUUGUUAGUCCAUUUGAAGUACACGGAACAUGAAUGUCUCUCGUGCGACUAUGGGGCCGGCGGAGCGUGACCGCGGCGAGCUCUCGCCAAGUGUGGGCGGUCUCACAUGAGAGGGCAGCAGACAGGCGGAGGCGAGAACAAGCGUGUCACCGCUGUCAAGACAUUCACACCUCAGAUGUCGACGCGUCUGCGAUGCGCAUUCGUCCGCUCGCUUUGACUAAUUGACCCUGAGUUGACGUGUCGGAAGCACCGGGAAGGACGAACAUGUGAACCUCUCAACAACUUCUUUUCGUUUAUGAGAACUUUGGUGCUCAGGGGGCGGCAAGUUCAGGUAUUUCUGUUGGAACAUGAAUUUAUAAGUGACAUGUGCUGCUUCCAGGAGUGAAAUUAUCAGUUUUUCUCAACUCCUAAAUUCUGUAAACGCCUCGAUCCCAUUUCGUCGAAUACACCGGCCCUGCCUGAGAACUUGGCAACCACAUAUAUGGACAUGAAAUAGUUAUAGGUUAUACUGUAUUACCGAAGUACUUAUUUCAGCUUAUUCUAAGCAUUUUUUACAAUAAUUUGGAGUAUUACAGAGAACCCACUCCCGCCCCGUCAUAAUUAUCAACAUGGCAAACUGGAAAUGGGAAAAUUAAACUGAAAACAUAAGGAAAUUAAAAAUUGCUACUGGAUCAUAGAGCCGAGGAAGAGAGUCCAUCGUCCAUCUUUGGAAAUGUGUGGUUAAUUUUGUGCCGAUGUUAGGGUCCGCAUAUGCGGAAACAAGGUUGUACCUCAAAUCAAAAAACAACGGAGGGAUGCGUUCAAGGGUUUAUUAAAUACACAUAGACACGCGAUCGCGGAAAAAGGGGCAAUUACACAAUGGGUCCGUGGCAGUACUGUAGGUCGAUGGGGAUAAAAAAAAAAACUAACCUAAGCAGUAAGUAUAGAGCCGAUAUGACAAAAUACCGUAUUUGUCCGAAGACUGUUUUUUUGCAUUGAAAUAAAAAUGAAAAAGUGGGGGUCGUCUUAUAUUCGCGGUCUAUUCGUUAUACCCAUUCAUGACGCUAGAUGGCGCCAGAUAUCAUUGAAGCGAUGUUCUGUCAUGACAGAUCUCAGCUACUCUCCCCAUUGACGCUAGAUGGCGCCAGAUAUCAUUGAAGCGAUGUUCUGUCAUGACAGAUCUCAGCUACUAAUUUAACCAGUUUGCAGUAUUUUAUUGCAAUGUUUUUCCUUAUUCAGAUUUGUUUCAAGACUACAGUUACAGUUAGGCUUCACUUUGAUGGUUAAUGCAGUUAUUGCAAUUUUGUUGUUUUAUCACAAUAGAUUGGUUUAUUUACAUUUCAAAAACCAGAAGCCAUUCAUUUACGAAUGUGAUUGCACUUUAGUUUAAAUAUUUAAAUGUUCAGAUAUUAAGAUUUGAAUGAGGCAAAACAACAUGCUUUUUCUCUCAGAUGUACUGUAAUAAUUUUCUGUAUAAAAAUUAAUUUGGUGCUCAAAAAGUCUUUUCAAACUUGAGUCUUGAAAAAGAGGUCAUCUUAUAAUCAGGGCCGUCUUAUAUUUGGGCUAAUACGGUAUAUACACUCAAAUACCGAACAACGUAGAGGAUUUCAAAGCAAGGGCAGCAGACGAACAAGCUAGCAAAUGCACGAAUUUCGAGAAGUACAAGGUGUUGAAUGGCACCCAUUAAUAUCUCAGCACCCUUGUCUUAGAUUGCCUGGGCUUAAAUAUAGUCUGGAUGAGCUUGAAUUGGCGCCAGGUACGACGUCAGGAACACUCCCACAAUCGCCUCUGUAACAAAACACGAUCUGACCAACAGAAUGUGACAGCCCGUGCCGACCAAAAAUGACAUAAUGUCCAGGUUAUUAAAUCGAGAGAGAGAGAUUCCAACAUGGGACAAAUCAAGUUCACAUAUACAACUUGGACAUUUCCCCAUGUGUGAAAGCCAUGACAAGGCUAAAUCCUGCAUCACCUUACAUGGGAAUUUACUGGGAUAUAAGUGUGAAAGGGGCUUAAGUGUGUCAGUUCAGUUUUUAAAGAAAACUUGUAACUUUACCAACUAAGCACUCUUAGUCUUUCAAUUUUACCUAUUUGGGGUCAAUUUGGUAAAGGGUUAGGAGGCGAGGAGCUAAGAGAGUGUCCGGUACAAACUUUAACUUCCUCAAAGUGGAACUCCAGCAAAAUGUCACUUUAAAAGCAAUUUCUCCAAAAAACAGCAUAUUUCUUCUUAAACCCACACACUGGUGGCAAUGUUCCCUAACUAGGAGGCGUAAUUAUUGCCAUUAUUACUCGUACGGGGGUGCUGGCCAUUUAUUCUGUGAAUGCAGGGCACGGAAACGUUUGCCAGCCACCAAUGUGGUCCAUCCAUCUCAACCGUGACUUCCAAAAACAACAGUUAUAAAAUGGAUGUUCUGGCCUCUGGACUAUGAGAGCAAGAAGGCGUAUACCUUCAAGGUCGACGCGUCCAACGCUCAUCUGGAUCCCCGAUUCCAGACCUUCGGGGCCUUCAAAGACACAGCGACGGUGAAGAUUAACGUCCUGGAUGUGGACGAGCCCCCGGUGUUCAAUAAGCCCGCCUACGUGAUGGAUGUGUACGAAGACACACCGGCGGGCACCAUCAUCGGUGCAGUGACGGCGCAGGACUUGGACGCCAGCAGCAGUCCUGUCAGGUACUCGAUCGACUGGAGGAGUGACCUGGACAGCUACUUUGACAUCGACCCUGUGGAGGGAACGAUCUCUACCAAUGAGAUGCUGGACAGGGAGAGCGUAGCCUGGCACAACAUAUCCAUCGUGGCCACAAAACUGAACAGUCCAGUUCUGACCAGUCGGGUGGCCGUCUCCGUCCACGUGUUGGACAUCAAUGAGUUCCCGCCUGAACUCGCCAGUCCCUACGAGAGCUUUGUGUGUGAAAACGCCAAAGUGGGACAGGUGAUUCAACUGUUCAGUGCAAAGGAUCAAGAUGUGCCCAACGCAGGACAACAGUUUUCCUUUAAAGCAACUAAAGACGAAUUAAGGAACAAGAACUUCACGAUCAGAGACUUUGGAAAUAACACGGCCGGCAUCGUGACCAAGCGCGGUGGUUUCAGACGACGCUCGCAGGAGAUCUACUACCUCCCCGUAGUGAUCGAGGACAACGGCUAUCCGUCCAAGAGCAGCACAGGAACGCUUACCAUCAGAGUGUGCGGCUGCGCAGCCGACGGCUCGUUGCUAACGUGCAGCGCAGAGGCGAUCUUCUUACCAGUGGGCCUGAGCACGGGUGCCCUCAUCGCUAUUCUCCUGUGCAUCGUCAUCUUGCUAGUCAUCGUGGUCCUCUACGUCGGCUUGAAGCGUCAAAAGAAGAAGGAGACGCUGAUGUCAUCCAAAGAGGACAUCCGGGACAACGUGAUCCACUACGACGACGAAGGCGGGGGUGAGGAGGACACGCACGCUUUCGAUAUGGGAACACUGCGCAACCCCAAAGUGGUCAAGGACAACUUGUUCCGCCGGGAUGUCAAGCCAGAGGUCAAACAGGGUCCCAGAGUGCCCGCCUCUAAGGACAGCGCCGACAUCCGAGCGUUCAUCAACCAGCGGCUGAAGGAGCACGACAACGACAACUCAGCGCCGCCGUAUGACUCGCUUGCCACGUAUGCCUACGAGGGCAACGGCUCGGUGGCUGAGUCGCUCAGCUCUAUCGAGUCUCUGGCCGUGGACGCCGAGGAGGACUACGAUUACCUCAACGAGUGGGGGCCCCGUUUUAAAACGCUAGCGGGAAUAUUCGGGGAGCAGUCGGAAGCUCGCUCGGACUCUACCAACACGGAGCAUUGAGGACGCUUGCCGACUCCACGGGCAAACGUUUUACCUUGUUUUGUCGGCGACGCUACCUUUACGGUGGACAUUUUAUGACAUACUUGGGUGUCAUGGUUGCAAGUCAGGAGAUGAAAAAAUUAAGUUUAUUUGAUCAAAGCGUCAGGUAUUGGAUGUUAGCAUAAAAGUCACAAGUAUCGGUUUGUAUCGGUUCUGUUUGGCUGAUUGUACCUGGAAUUAUAUCUCAAAAAUGUACAAUGACAGUAAACGGCCAUCGUAUCCUAUGUUUUUUGAAAUACAAUUUCACAUCCAGUCAUUGUGAUAUUUUUUUAGGUUGAAGUGAGCAACCCCAACCCCUCAAAAAAAAAAAAAAAAUAUGCCGCUGUCUCCAUCUUCAUAAUUCAAUUCUAAUUUAAAGGAAUACAGUGGUACCUCUACAUACGAAGUUAAUUCGUUCCAGGACCUUGUUUGUAGGUCGAAAUGGUUUUAUGUUGAGCAGGAUUUUCGCAGAAGAAUACAUUUUAAUUCCAUUAAUUCGUUCCCAAGCCCGAAAACCUGCACUAAAGAGGUGGGAAUCUUGGGGCACCUAAGAAUUCGAUUACGAUUCACAGGCUCCAAUUCGAAUAUAAAUUGUUGUUGGACACCAUGUUGUGUUGCGCAAGUUCUGAUGUAAACGAUUAAAAACCUGACGAGGCAGAGGAGGUAUGUCUCUGUGUUUUGUAGCAUGAUGUUGGCCCUGAAGACUGCAUCUAUGGAUAGAGUCAGGGCAGAAUGGGAGGAAGACCUUGGUACCCCCUUUUCUGAGGAAACAUGGUUAUCCAUCUUAAAACGAGUCAACUCCUCAUCUCUGUGUGCUCGUCAUAAUUUAAUCCAAUUCAAAGUGGUCCACAGAGCUCACAUCUCCAAAACCAAACUGGCCACUUUUUAUCCUGACAUUAGCCCACUUUGUACCAAAUGCAAUAUCUCAGACGGCUCACUCUUUCAUAUGUUUUGGACUUGUCCUAAACUUGGCAAAUUCUGGACAGAGAUUUUUCAUUCCCUCUCACAGAUUUUAACAGUGAGGUUGGAACCGAACCCCCUUAUUGGCUUAUUUGGAGUUACAGAGGACUCAAGACUAUCUUCUGAACAGCGCCGCACUCUAGCGUUUGCCUCCCUCCUAGCUCGUAGGUCGGUCCUUCUAAGGUGGGUGGACCCCCUCCCUCCCACACAUACCGAAUGGCUGACGGCCUUAAUGACAUGCUUGAAAAUUGAAAAGAUCAGAUAUUCUCUCCAUUAUUCUAAUGGUAGAUUCUUACGUGCCUGGGGACCAUUUUUAAACAUUUGUCAGGCCUCUUAAGCCCUUGGCAUUCCACAAUCUGGCAACUCUUUUCUUUAGUGUAUUGAUAUUUAUUAUCCAAAACUAUUAGUAAAACUCAAUGUUCAAUGGUCACGAAGUUCACUGGCAGUGACGGGGAUUAAUUUAAUGGUUUAUUUUUGUUGGUUUUCUUUUUGUUUCUUGGGUUUUUUUUGUUUGUUUUUGUUUUGUUUUCAUUUUAUUUUAUUAUUAUGAUUAUUCUUUUAUUUAUUUGUGUGGGUGUUGGAUGUCAGUCCCGCUUUUCAUCACAUUUUGUCUUUUCCUUUUUGAACUGGAAAUCCAUGCACAACUAGUGUGAAAUUUUGGAAAAUAAAGAGAUUUUGAUCUAAAAAAAAAAAAAAACCUGACGAGGCUUAUGAUUUUUUGGCGAUGUUACAAUAAUAAUAAUUGUCACCUUAACUUAUAAAGACUGGCGAACGGAGGUCAGAGGAGGACCGGACAGAUUGUAGAGAUCGAGCUAGUUCACGGACACUCACGCAACACUGAUAUUUUUCUGUCAUUUCCAUCUUCAUUUCAAUGGUAAGCCUCACCUUUUUCCUUUUUUCACCACCUGUACUAACAUUCUUGGAACCCAUGUUGAGUUCUCUCACAAGAAAAUUUACCGUGCGUCCGCCAUGCGGGAAAACAAAAAACUGCGCCGCUGUCACAAAUCGUCGUAUUUCGAGCAUGUCAUCGGAUGCAGAAACAAAUGGCUAAUUUGACGUUGGAUGUCAAAAAGAUCAUGUGUUGAAGCCAUCGUAUGUCGAGGUACCACUGUACAAAGAGACGGUUCAAAUCGAAAUCUCAGUUCUUAGACUAGUAUGCUAGCUUUUAUUAGCAUUCACAUUCAGUAGUCAUUAAUCGUAUCCUCCCUGUCUUCCCCAUGAACUGAUAUAUACAGAGUACCAUCCCCUCCCUUUGGGAACCGGGGCCCCAAGGCAGUAUUCCACUAAAUACUGGCACCGUGGCACUACAGUUGAGUUCGCUUCUGUGUAAUUUCUGUUCCUAGGUGACGAUCGAUGGUGUAAUUCCGUCGACUUGACAGAUUUUUUUUAAACACAGUGUUGGAAUCCCACUAAAAUGACAACCUCCUUCCUGACACUUGAUGACUUUGAAGCAGACGUCUAAUACCUGACAUUGCAACUCAAUAAACUUGACAGAUACUUUCCUGAGAAAUUUCCAUCUCGUUUCUGACACCAGAUGAUACACAAGGUACAGAUUUCCACCCCCUCCCCCCGUUUUCUGUCUUUUGCGUUGUUGUCACGAUCGGUCUUGCAAUUGUUAAAAAAUAAAAAUACAUUAAAAAAAUACAAAUGCCAGAGCAUACAUCGACACGAUCAUAUCAUUCAGUUUGAAUGUUUUCGGCGCAUAUCCGUGGAGAUGAUGUCAUUUCCGUAAACAUCCCUAAAAGUGCCUCAAUAGAUGAUUCCACGCCACACGUCUGAUGUUUUUUGGCGCCAGCAAACGACCGACGACGUCACUUCUGUGGCCCCCGUCAGGCCAAAGAUGUUUUGAAUGUUAUUUAUCCUUCUAUUUAUUUAUUGGCUGAUUGAUUUGCUUGUGUAUUUAUGUAUUUAUCUCGCAGUCAUUCUAUUUUUUAUUUUGUUUUUGGGAGACACUUUUUGUAAUGAGGCCCUCGUGAAGAAAUGUUGCUGUUAGCUGGGUCGUGUCAAUACACUUGUACUAGACUUGUAUAAAAACAAAAAAGAGAGACUUUAGGGCUACAACUGCAGUUCUGUCAUGUUAUAAACACAUUUUUCUUAAAUAAAACAC